CUCAGCAGCGCGUUCAAAUCCCUCAGACAGCUACUGGGCACCGCCGAGGGGACCGGCCCAGGAGUGGGACAAUAAAAUCCCUGACACCACUGUUCAAGAGGCCUCGGGGGGGUGGAAGGCCAGGCCAGCUGCACGGGUAUAAAGCUGUCCCAGGCUCCCAGCACAGCACUGCAGCACAGUUGUUUGCCAGGCUCCUCCAGCGCUCUCCAAUGGAUAUCACCAUUCAUAACCCCCUGAUCCGCAGACCCUUCUUUUCUUGGUUGGCACCGAGUCGUAUCUUUGACCAGAUUUUCGGCGAGCACCUGCAGGAGUCAGAGCUGCUCCCUGUUUCCCCCAGCUUCAGCCCCUUCCUGAUGAGAUCCCCCAUCCUUCGGAUGCCCAGUUGGCUAGAGGCAGGACUCUCUGAGAUGCGACUGGACAAGGACAAGUUUUAUGUAAAUCUUGAUGUGAAGCAUUUCUCCCCUGAGGAGCUGAAGGUGAAGGUGCUCGGGGACAUGAUAGAAAUUCACGGGAAGCACGAGGAGCGCCAGGACGAGCACGGCUUCAUUGCCAGGGAGUUCAACAGGAAAUACAGGAUCCCAGACGACGUGGACCCUCUGACCAUCACCUCGUCCCUGUCCCUGGACGGGGUGCUGACCGUGAGCGCGCCCAGGAAAGUGAGCGACGUCCCCGAGCGCACCAUCCCCAUCACCCGCGAGGAGAAGCCGGCCAUCGCAGGCGCCCAGAGGAAGUAGGGCUGCUGCCCACACCCCCCCGGGGCCAGCCCACAUCCCCCUGGGGCCAGCCCACAGCACCUGGCUCCAGUGGCUGCUCUUAUUAUUUAUGCCGAGUAAGUUUACUAACGAAUAAAACAUGAACAAGCA